AUGGGUGAGGAAGCAAAACAGGAACAACCAGUGGCUGAAGCCAAGCCAGAGGAGAAGCCAGCAGAGGAGAAGCCAGAAGAGGAAAAGAAGGAAGAAAAACCAGAAGAAAAGCCAGCAGAAGAGAAGAAGGAAGAGCCUAAACCACCUUCCCCAUGUGUGCUGUUUGUGGACUUGCAUUGCGUGGGAUGUGCCAAGAAAAUUGAGAGAUAUAUUAUGAAAAUGAGAGGAGUUGAGGGAGUGGUAAUUGACAUGGCUAAAAAUGAAGUGACAAUAAAGGGUAUAGUGGAGCCUCAAGGGAUCUGCAACAUAAUCACCAAGAAAACAAAGAGAAGAGCCAGUGUUAUAUCUCCAUUGCCUGAAGCAGAAGGAGAACCUAUACCAGAAGUUGUCAAUUCUCAGGUUAGUGGACCAGUUACAGUGGAACUAAAUGUGAACAUGCACUGUGAGGCCUGUGCUGAGCAACUCAAGAGGAAGAUACUACAAAUGAGAGGAGUUCAAACAGCAAUGACAGAGUUUAGCACGGGGAAGGUUCUUGUGACAGGGUCCAUGGAUGCAAACAAGCUAGUAGAUUAUGUGUAUAGACGCACCAAAAAGCAAGCCAAGAUAGUUCCCCAGCCAGAGCCAGAGCCAGAACCUGAACCAGAGAAGAAAGAAGAGAGUAAAAAAGAAGAGAAACCUGCAGAAGAGACUAAACCUGAUGAGAAGAAAGAAGAGGAGAAGCCACCAGAGGAAGCCAAGAAAGAAGAGGGUGGUGACAACAGUGAGAACAAAGAAGAAAAGGGUGGUGAAGAAGGCAAAGAAGAAGCCAAAAAAGAAGAGAAUGUGGUAGUGGCUGCAAAUAACAUCGAUGAUGAAGGCCUGAAGAGGAUGAUGUACUAUUACCAGUACCCUCCACUCUAUGUCAUUGAACGAAUACCACCUCCACAACUCUUCAGUGAUGAAAAUCCUAAUGCAUGCUGCAUUACAUGA